AACCCACGCGUGGCGGGUGGCGUCGAGGCCGCGCUGCGGCGGCUGAGUCGGCGCGGUGGUGAAAUUUCUGGAAGCGACGGGGCGCUGUUGUUCGGGAGGGUGCCGUCUCGGAAUCCGUAGCCGGAAGAGUCGGGCGGGGUAAGGCAAAGAGCCGCGUGGGGAGCAUGAACCACAAAAGCAAGAAGCGCAUCCGUGAGGCUAAGCGGAGCGCGCGCCCCGAGCUCAAGGACUCCCUCGACUGGACUCGCCACAACUACUGCGAGACCUUCCCACUGAACCCGGCGGGCUGCAAGGAUAAUGUGGAAAGAGCUGAUGCCCUCCAUUUGUCAGUGGAAGAAUUCAUUGAAAGAUAUGAGAAACCUUAUAAGCCUGUUGUCCUGUUAAAUGCUGAGGCAGGGUGGUCAGCCCAAGAGAAGUGGACUCUGGAACGUCUGAAGCGCAAAUACAGGAACCAGAAAUUCAAGUGUGGGGAGGACAAUGACGGUUAUUCUGUGAAAAUGAAGAUGAAAUAUUACAUUGAAUACAUGGAGACUACACGAGAUGAUAGUCCUCUCUAUAUAUUUGACAGCAGUUAUGGGGAACAUCCAAAGCGCAAAAAACUUUUGGAGGACUACAGGGUACCCAAAUUCUUCACUGACGAUUUGUUCAAAUAUGCAGGAGAGAAGAGAAGGCCACCUUACAGGUGGUUUGUGAUGGGCCCACCUCGUUCAGGAACAGGUAUUCACAUUGACCCUCUGGGAACCAGUGCAUGGAAUGCCUUAGUCCAUGGACAUAAGCGCUGGUGUCUCUUCCCUACCAGCACUCCCAGAGAACUGAUCAAAGUGACCCGUGAAGAAGGAGGCAACCAGCAAGAUGAAGCCAUCACUUGGUUCAGAGUAAUAUAUCCCCGAGCGCAACUUCCCACUUGGCCUUCAGAGUUCAAACCUUUGGAAAUAGUACAAAAACCUGGAGAGACUGUGUUUGUGCCAGGUGGCUGGUGGCAUGUUGUUCUCAAUCUUGACACGACUAUUGCUGUCACUCAGAAUUUUGCCAGCUGUACAAACUUUCCUGUGGUGUGGCACAAGACAGUAAGGGGAAGACCGAAGUUAUCUAGAAAAUGGUACAGGGUCCUCAAGCAAGAACAUCCUGAACUAGCCGUACUAGCUGAUUCUGUUGACUUACAAGAAUCAACUGGCAUUGCUUCAGACAGUUCUAGUGAUUCAUCUAGUUCUUCCAGCUCCAGUUCUUCAGAUUCUGAUUCAGAGUGUGAUUCUAGCUCUGAAACCGAAGGAAUGGUGCAUCGAAGAAAAAAGCGGAGAACAUGCAGCAUGAUGGGAAAUGGUGAUACUACCUCUCACGAUGACUGUGUGAGCAAAGAGCGUAGCUCCUCCAGAGACGCCAAGCCCCUAAGGAAAAAUAAGUACAACUUGCUGCCUUGUUAUUUUGCAAUCUGACACCUAAGUACCAAUGAAAAAGAGGAAGAUCAAGAAUCAGAAAAUGAGAAACUAGUAGUAAAGGAACCUGAGACUGAAGAUGCAGAUGAAAAGUUCUCUUUUAAAUAUAGUCCUGGCAAACUGAGAGGAAACCAGUAUAAAACAAUGAUGACCAAAGAAGAACUUGAAGAGGAACAAAGGGUUCAAAGAGAGCAGCUGGCUGCCAUCUUCACCCUUCUAAAGGAAAAAUCAGACACUUUUGGAGAUAUGUCUGAAUCUGAUAUCAAUGAACAGCUUAAACUUUAUGACAUGUAGACUAGAAAGUGGGAUCCGCUCUUCAAACACGGGAAAAACGAACCAUAAACUAGCUAAGAUGCAAGAGUUAACGGCAUUUCUCAAUAAGGAUUUUAUUUGGGAUGUUUGGAUUUCUUUAAAAUGUUAGAAAUACUUAAACAUAUUUAAACCCCGCAAGAAAUAAUGUUCUUUGAGGAAGUGCCCGAUUCUUCCCAGGAGACAAAAAAAAAAGAUUUCAAGGAACUUGGAAGUGAGCGCGCUGUGCGCUUCUACAUUUUACACAUCUACAGAAUCUAGCGACGCUAACACGCCUGCGCAUAUUUGAAUCACUGGGCAAUAUCUAUUAAACUACGGCGGCCGGGAAGAGAUUUUUUUUUCCGCCCGAUCGCGCGGUUUCUCUUUUGAGGCUUGUUCCCAGACUCUCGAAAUAAACCUGGAUCGGGAUUAGAAGAAGAAAUGUGACCGGGAAGUGGUUUCCAGGGUAACGGACCGCUGCGCUUGGCUGCGCCCGCCCCAGCGAGCGUGGACGGGCAAGGACAGGACUCGGUGCCGCGUCAGCCCAGAAGAUCCUAUACUCUUCCCCGGCGCUCUGCCUCUUCUGCCUAUCGUGGCUCCGCAACAAAAGUCCUCGGCUCCUUCUAGUUGGCGGAGCGUUUUCCGCUCACCCGGCCUCUUUAAGGACGGUCUUCCGUGAAGAGGCAGUCCCGGGUUUCUGCCCUAAAAGUGAAACCGUCCCAAAAAAACAACCUUGAGUUUUUCUGCCAUGGUGCCCAUUAAGCCCAACGACGGUAGCCCGGAUCUCUCUCAGACCACGGAAACUCAAGAAGCCUCGCCCUCCGACCCCACGGGCAACCCGCCCAGCGCCUCUCUCAUGAAAGCCCUAGACGCAGUUAUAACAGCCGGUAGACGCGGCUUGCUCGGCCCGGCGGCCACGGUGGCCCCUGUUCCCGCCUCGAACUCUGGUGGUUACAACGGAGUAGCUUCUAGGGAAAACUUGAAACCUAUCCCGCUAGUGGCCGGGGUCGACCAAAGGAAGAAGGCGGUCAAUGAGAAACGCACCGCUGUGAUCACGGUGGUGCCCUCCACAGAAGGUGUUGAAAAUCUGCAACCUGCACCAAAGGAAGUAUGGAUAUGUGGAAAUUCUGUGAUUUUGGCAUCGAAAAAAAGAGCGCAAAGUCACCCACAUGGAUUGCAGUUGGGCAUCUCAACUUCACGGGCAAAUGUGUAUUGGCAUGGGAUACAGAGCAUGAUGUGGACACAGCUUAUACCUCUUUUGCAUGAAAUUUAUCAUCUCCGAUCUCCUCCCUCAGUAAUAAUAAUUCAUCUUGGUGAAGAUGAUCUGUUUCCUGAAAAUAAUACUUCAGUCAUUAUCUCAAUGAAAAAUGAUUUAGGCAUUCUUAAAAGAGCAUUUCCAGAUACUGUUAUAGUUUGGUCUUCACUGUUACCAAGACGUAUUUGGAAAAACGAUCCAAAGCCCAGAUACACGGAAACCGCUCAAAUUCUGGUUAACAAGAUAAUGGUAAACUAUUGUAAUAAAAUUGGUGUGCACUUUCUGUCACAUAAUUCAAUUACCUCUGAUAAAUCAGACCUCUUCUUGCCAGAUGUCAGUGAUCUGAGUGAUGAGGGAAUUGAUAUCUUCAUAGCAGAUCUGAAAAAAGUCUUAAGAUUGUAUCAGAUUUUGCAGUAGCUGGGAAAGAGUUUUUGAAAAGCAGUCUGUAUAAUGUUUGGGAAGUUUGGUUUUAUUAUUACAUGAAAAAAAAGAAGACACGAGCUGACUAUAUCUAUACAAUAUAGCUUAAAAUUUUCUCUCACAGAUAUGUCACAGAUUAACAGAUGUGUUCCUAAAUUUCGGUCUUCUGUAACAAAUGAAAAAAUCUAUCUUACAUUAUGAAGACUUCAAAUGGGUGCAUUCAUCUUAAUGAAACUGGGUGUUUUACUCCCUUGGAGGGUUAUUGUAAAACAACAUAACAUAAGAUGCUGUAAUAAAAAGCAUCACAAACCUGUGAAGUAGACAUACCUGGGUGUGCCUUGUUUUUUAUCCUAGCCUUUAAAGAAGCAGUUUCUAUGAUAUUUAACUAAUAUAUCAGGAUAUAUGUAGAAACAUAUUGAAUAGGGUUUUUUCUUAUCUGAAAGAAAUGGCUGAGGUUGGACAUCAUAAAAUAGUAUUUUGUAAAUAGCCGUUUUUCAAAAUACUGUAUAUUUAACAUUCCUGUUGAACCACAGUUGACAAAUAGCUUAAUCCAAGAGCCUAGUGCCAUUGAAGGUUUUUACUUAGUAAGAUGUUUAGGAAUUUGUAAAGUUCUAUCCAAAACCAGCAGCAUUGUCAAAGAGAUGACUUGUAUCCAUGAUGCCAAAUAAAAAUUGUUUUCUACUAUGGCACACAUAGAAAAUUAUUAUGGCAUUUGACAGCAUAUUGCCCUGUAUAUGUUUUGCUUUUUUCUUCAUUUUAUUUUUGGGUGCUUAUAAAAUUAAAUACUUUAACGGUA